AUGGUCUACCUAAAGUCCUCUGAGGUACAGCAGCUGCUCCACAACAAGUUCGUGGUCAUCUUGGGGGACUCCGUGCAAAGGUCCGUGUACAAGGACCUGGUGCUCCUGCUGCAGAAAGACUGCCUGCUCACCACCAGCCAGCUCAAGGCAAAAGGGGAGCUAAGUUUUGAACAGGAUACGCUGAGGGAGGGAGGUCAGCUGGACCAGAUGCACAAUGGCACCAGCUACCGCGAGGUCCGUGAGUUCCGCUCCGGCCACCAUCUGGCGCGUUUCUACUUCCUCACGCGCGUGUACUCCGAGUACCUCGAGAGCAUCUUGGAAGAGCUGCAAUCGGGUGAGCACGCCCCCGAUGUGGUCAUCAUGAACUCCUGCCUCUGGGACAUCUCUAGGUAUGGUCAGGACUCCUGGAGGAGCUACCUGGAGAACCUGGAGAACCUGUUCCGGCGCAUGGGCCAAGUGCUGCCUAAGUCUUGCCUCCUGGUGUGGAGCACGACCAUGCCUGUGGGCGAGAAAAUUACCGGGGCUUUCCUUCUGCCUGAGCACCAGACCUUGGCCACCUCCCUGAAAGCCAGCGUGGUCGAAGCCAACUUCCACAGCUCUGUAGAGGCGAAGAAACACAACUUCGAUGUGCUAGACUUGCAUUUCCACUUCCGGCACGCUAGGGAGCAUCUGCAGCCAGACGGGGUGCACUGGAACCAACAUGCGCACCGCCACCUCUCCCAGCUGCUGCUGGCCCACUUGGCUGACGCCUGGGGUGUGGAGCUGCCCAACCGCCCGCCCGCGGGCAAGUGGAUCAAGCAGGCUGUGAAGAAACAGCCUGGUCAGAGAGUUGAAGCUCAGUCCCAGGCCAGCAGAGAUCGCUUGGCCUUUCGGUCGUCCCCCCUCUUGCCUGCUCCCGAAAGACGCACCCUGCUCCAGAGCCCACCGCAGCGCCUUCCCCUACCCCUACCCCUACCUCUACCCCUACCCCUACCCCUAACCCCGCCCCGGCUCCUGCCCCCACAGCCUCCUCCCCUCCCCCUUCACCAGGGGAUGCUCCAGGUCCCGCAUUGUCCCCCAAAUGCCUAUUUUUCCUCCGACCAUACUUUCCAGUCGGAUCAGUUCUGUUUCCAUUCGGAUGUCCUCUCAUCUGCACAAACAGGAUUUUCCUUUGAAGCCAACUUUAUGCUUGAUCCCGGGCCACCUAUGCCCCACUUCCCCCCACCCUGUCACCGGCAGCCAGCCCCUGUGGUCCAUAGAGGUUUUCAGCGGUGCCUUCCCUCUGGCCCCUAUGUUCCCUGGGGACAGCGGCCUAGACCUUCAAAGAGAAGGGGCCCUAGCCUACGCAGGCCUCAGUAG